AUUGGUAGUGCGGCUGCCUUUAUCCUUCACAUUUCAUUUGAAAUUUCAGUGUGCUAUUGGUGUGGUAAUUCAAUCAACAAUACACUCUGCCUAUUUGUAGACUGUAGUUCUUAAGUUUUAGAGUGUUUUAUACUAAUUAUUGUAUUAAUAUUUACUUUUUCCAAUUUAUUAACUGAUUUGAAAGAUGAAGCUAAAGACUAAUAAUUCUGCUAAGAAGCCCUCAAAUGCAAACAAAACUAAAUCUCCAAAGAAACAAGCUAAAGGCGGUGUACAAGUUAGAAAAGAAAAAUCUAAAGAUCUUGUCAAGCCAUCUGUACUGAAAAAAGAAGGAGAAAAAAUUAAAGUAGAAACACCUCCUAAUCCUGAAAAAUUGGCACUACAAGAAUUAUGGGCUAAAGCUAUUCAAAAUGUUUCUAAUAUGACUGAUCUUUCUGAGGAAGAGACUAGUAUUGCUAAGCUAUUAGGAGAUUACAAAAAUAAAUCUUCUAUUCCGCAAAAGAAUAAAAAACUGAAAAAUAUGAUUACAAAAGGAUUUUCCAAAUUUAAGGAUACUAGUGAUGAAGUAUUGGAUAGCCUUUAUGAAAAAUUAAUUAAUGAAUUUAAAGCUGUUGGUGGUAACGUAGAAAGUAUAAAUAAAGACACUAAAGUUAGGUCAACAAAACCUGAUUCCAAGGCACAAAAAUCUAAUAAUGUAGAAGCUUCUAAUGAUGAAGAAAUGGAUGACGAUGAUGAAGUUGAGGAUGAUGAUAAUGCUGAUGAUGACGUUGUUGAUGACGAUGAUGAUGAUGAAAUUGAAGGUCUUGAAGUUGAUGAUGGUGAUGAUGAUGAUGAUGAAGAAAGUGAAGAAGAAAAACCUAAGCCUAAAACUAAGGGUGGUUUCAAAAAUGGUAAAAGUCAGCCAAAUAAAGGUAAAAAUGGUUCUAAAUUUAAAGGUGGCAAAGUACAGAAAAAUAAAAAGUUUAAUAAGAAAAAGUAAUUUAUAUAGUUAGUAACUAAAAUUUUACAAUUUUUG